GGUCCGAAAUGCCAGCACAGAUGCAGCAACAGAUGUGUGAACCAAGCCUGUAAUGGCCGCAGUGGACGUUGUACACUGGGAUGUACGCCAGGAUCUUUUGGUGACGACUGUGGAGGGGAAUGUAGUGGUAACUGUCUGAAAGGUCACUGUGAUCAAAAGGACGGCAGUUGUGAUGGGUGUAAGGCAGGAUACUAUGGCCCCAAAUGUACACAAACGUGUUCCCAGUAUUGCGGAGACGUACAAUGCAAUGACCAGACAGGAAUAUGCAAACCAUGUGUCCCUAAUCAUAAGAGUGAUUUAUGCCAUGAGAGAUGCUUCAACCUCAAUUGUACAGCUUGCCAGCAGUUCACAGGGCGAUGUAGUGAAUGCCAGCAAGGGUGGUACGGUGAUGCUUGCUUUCUGAGGUGUGCAGAAGGGUGUCUCGACAACAUUUGCAGCAUUGACGGGAAAUGUCAAUGCAAAGAUGGAUACUAUGGAGCCAUGUGUGACCAACAGUGCCCCGAAAACUGCUACCAGGGAAUGUGUCACAUGUGGGGAUUUUGUUUGAACUGUUCACUUGGGUUCCGUGGAAGUCGAUGUGAGUCCAAAUGCAGCCCAAUCUGUAAGGAUGAUGAGUGUUCUCAACAAUCGGGCGCUUGUGUUCGGGGUUGUAGAAAAGGCUACCAUGGAGAGUCCUGUGACCUAACGUGUAGUGGAGGCUGUGUGGAGGGGGAAUGUGACCAGGCUACCGCGCUGUGUCUUGGUGGCUGUAAAUCAACUGUUUAUGGAAAAUAUUGCGAGAACACAUGCAAUGCUACCUGUCCCCACCAUAUGUGUCACACUGUUGAGGGGGACUUGGAUUAUGUGACAUGUAGUUUGGAUUGUUCUGAUGGACGUUGGGGUUCGAUGUGUGAACACAUGCUCCCACAACUGCCGAUCCUGUAACAGAUCAACAGGUGUGUGUGCUACAUGCAAGAGUGGAUGGUACGGUUCUUCAUGUUCUCUGAACUGCAGCCUGGGUUGUGAGAACACACUGUGUGAGAACAACGGAACUUGCACUGAAGGAUGUAGAGACGGACUUUACAGGGAUGACUGUUCAUACCAGUGUCCUGAACAUUGUAGAAAAUGCGAAAGGAUGAGUGGAUUGUGUAUUUCGUGUAUUGCAGGAU